GUAUUGAUCGACAUAUAUGGUUUAGUAAUUUGUAUUCAGCGUCUUGAUUCUAAUAUGCUUAUUAUUAUACUGUUAAACGCACUACCUACUGUUUGUUAUUUGCUUUCUACAAAUAACAAUUUUUCAUAAGAUGGGCGCAAUGGAAUUUGGCAAAGUGGCGCUAUUGUUAAUGCUGGUAACAGUAUCAUAUGGAUACGCAGAUGAAAAUGGGAAUUUGGGUAAAAAAUUCGUCUUAUUAGUAGCUGGAUCAAAUGGCUGGCACAACUAUAGACAUCAAGCAGAUGUUUCACACGCGUACCAAUUAGUCAGAGGAAACGGAAUACCAGCUGAAAACAUCAUUGUGAUGAUGUAUGACGACGUUGCAAACCAUACAAGUAAUCCAACUCCUGGAACGCUGAUCAACCGCCCUGACGGCUCCGAUGUAUACAAAGGUAUUAAAAUCGAUUAUUGGGGUGAUGACGUCAACACAGACGUAUUUUUUAGUGUUCUCAAAGGAAACAAAGGCGGCGUAAAAGGAGUGGGGUCGGGCAGAGUAAUCGAAAGCGGUCCUCAUGACAACAUUUUCAUCUAUUAUGCUGACCACGGGUCUACCGGAUUUGUGUGCUUUCCGAACGAAUUAUUGUAUGCUGACCAACUGAUCAAGGCGUUAAAUGAAAUGUAUAUUAGACGAAAAUACAAAAAAAUGUUGUUAUACAUAGAGGCCUGUGAAUCUGGUUCUAUGUUCGACGGGCUUCUAGCGGAAGAUAAAGCAAUUUUAGCAGUAACUGCCUCUGGACCUAGAGAGUCCUCUUGGGCAUGUUACUGUGAAGAAGAUUCUAGUGGAUACGACACGUGUCUCGGAGACCUGUUUAGUGUUACUUGGAUGGAAGACUUGGAUAAUCAUACUGUAGCAGACGAUUCAAGAUCGGUAUUCAACCAAUUCCAAAAGGUUAGGACUGCCGUACAGUAUAGUAACGUUAUGGUGUAUGGCGACUUCCAUGUGGGCCAUAAUAAACUGUAUUCAUUUGUUGGUCAUCCCGCAAAUAAUGUAAAUUUAGGAAAAUCACCGGACAAGUAUUCGCCUAAAACUUACCAGAGCAGGUCUGUCGUGUCCAGUCGAGACAUAUAUGAAAAAUCUAUCAGUGCUGAAAUAUCGUUGACUACCGACUUGAUCAAACAAAAACUUCUGGAGGAAGAAUUGCAUCUUUACAGCAAAACUAAAACAUUUAUCAACCACGUUCUUCGAACAAUCUAUACAAAAUUGAUAAGUGAAAUACCGAAAAUUGCUGCCGAAAUUGGUGAAUAUGAUAAUACCGCCCCGUUGCAACUUACCAUGAACGCAUUCCCAUGCUACAGAAAUAUACUGGAUAAUAUUUCCGAAAAGUGUUUUUCAAUACCCAAGAAUUCGUACGCUUUGGAUAAAUUGGCUUUCUUGGCAAAUAUUUGUAUCGUCGAUAACAGUUUAGACAAAAAGCUGUUAGAGUUUGUAGACAAUAUAUGCGUCUGAUCAAAAAUAUCUUCUUAUACAAUAUGAUACAGCGUUUAAUAUGUAGUUUAUAUGUAUUAUUUGCAAUUUGAAAUGGAAACAUAAUUAGAUAAUAAAAUAAAAUUUGCAAUAAUAAUUGUAAA